AUGAUAUACCUAAAGGAGAGAUCUAGUGCUCUCAUAUAAUAUGUUACUUAAGAUCAUGCUGCUAUUGCUAAAGAAUCUCUAAAUGAUAUCAUGUUUUAUGGACAAUCUAUUAAAGUAAUAUUAAAAAAAUAUAUUAUUAUUCUUAGAUUUUUUUUUCAGACUAUGAAGUAAUUUCACUUAAAACAUAACUAACUAAACCUGGAGAAUUCACUUAAGAUAUCAAAACACAAGAAGAGUAUUUUUAAGGAGGUGAAGAAACACAUAGAAUCAAACCUGAUAGUACAUAUACUUUAGCUCCUCCUUUUGAUAAUAUUUAAAUAUCAAAUUUGACAAAAAAUUCAUGUCAAGUUUCUGUCUUAUAACAAUAUCUUUAAGAUUAUGGAUAAAUUAGAUAAUCCAAAUUAGUCACGAAUGCUACGAAGUAUAUGGCUAUUCUCAAUAAAUUUAAAUAAAUUUCUCAAAACAAAAACUCAUAUGAUAAUUUAUGUGUUAUUAAUAUGAUAUAAAAAAAAAUAAUACUCAAAUUAGCUAUUAAACAUAACCCACCAAGUUUAUUUGUUAUCUAUCGUUACAAUUUGAAAGAUAAAAAACUUAGAAGGUCACUCAAUUUGAUUAUUUUAGAUAUCGAAUUGAACUUAAUUCCUUAGUCUAUUUACCAACUCCAGAUUUAAUCACAGAGCAACUCUAUAUUGAACAUGAUGAUUAUUUAAAUGAUAAUAAUGUUGAGUAUGAUUAAGUCUUAAAAAUGGUUUAAAUGUUAUAUGAGCAUUAACAAUAAAAAAGUGGAACAAGAAGAUCAGUAAUCAAAAACCUUGAUCAAGUUGAUUCCUAUAUGGAGAGUGAUUAAGAUGAAUUAAAUAAGAGUAUAAUGAUGGAACAAGAUGAUAAUUGGUAAACUCCUCCUAAUAGAAGAACAGGUAUUUUGAUAUCAAUUCAAUUCAAGAAACUAUUUAUCCAAAAGACAAUACUAAAUUUAAUUAAAUUCAUUCCAGUGAAAGCAUGAAUUUGAGUCUAAGUGGAAUGCAGAAUUUUAUGUAAGGUUAAUCAAAAAAACCCAAUAAUCUUACAUAUUUACCUAUCAAUAAUUUUGAUGAGUAAAUAAACAAAAAUAGAAGAUUUGUAGAGGAUUAAAUUCAAUAAAACUAAUAAAGUUAUUUUUAGAAUAAAUUCAUUGAGUUACCAUAGCCUUUACUAAACAGAAAUAAUUAAAGAGUCAAUAAUUAUUAUUGA